CUGACGGCGGCUGGUUGACACGUCACUGAGGUUGUGGUAGGAAAAAUGGCGAGCGCCUUUCAGAGUUUGAGCCUGCGCACCACACCGGAGAGGUUUUACAUAGAGGCUUGUGAUGAUGGCUCCGUGGACGUUCUGGCUAUUGACAGGGUGUCAGCUGAGAUGACUCUAACAGUGAGAAGGGACAUCCCUGCAUCAGCUGAGACCAGGCCAAUAUGUGGACUGAUGGGAACUAUACGGUUGGUGGCAGGCAUGUACCUGGUUGUCAUAACAAAGAAGAAGAAAGUGGGAGAUUUGCUGGGCCAUGCUGUUUGGAAGGCUCUGGACUUUGACAUAAUCUCCUAUAAAAAGACAGUACUACACCUGACAGACAACCAGAUGCAAGACAACAAGACCUUCCUGUCCAUGAUCAGCAACGUGCUUCAUACAGAUGGUUUCUACUUUGCCACAGACUAUGAUCUGACCCACACUCUGCAACGCCUGGCAAACACCAGCCCAGAGUUUCAAGAGAUGAGCCUUCUGGAGAGGGCAGAUCAGCGCUUUGUCUGGAAUGGCCACUUGUUGAGAGAAUUCACAGCACAGCCAGAGUUGCACAUGUUUGUGUAUCCUGUCGUCCAUGGCUUCAUUACCAUGAACUCGAGCUGCAUCAAUGGGAAGGUGUUUGAGUGGAGCGUUAUCUCCAGGAGGAGCUGUUUCAGGGCAGGUGUCCGCUACUAUGUCCGAGGUAUUGAUUCAGAGGGACAUGCUGCUAACUAUGUGGAAACAGAGCAGAUACUGCAGUACAACGGUGCACAGGCUUCAUUUGUUCAGACAAGAGGCUCCAUCCCCUUCUACUGGUCCCAAAGGCCCAAUCUGAGGUAUAAACCAAAGCCACAGAUCAGCAAGACAGUCAACCAUCUGGAUGGAUUCCAGAGACACUUCGACUCCCAGAUUAUUCUCUAUGGAAAACAAGUCAUUUUGAACUUGAUAAACCAGAAGGGCUCAGAAAAGCCAUUGGAGCUGGCAUUUGACAAGAUGGUGACCAGCUUGGGUAAUAGCAUGAUCAGGUACUUAGCAUUUGACUUCCAUAAGGAGUGCAGUCAGAUGAGGUGGCACCGCCUGCAGAUCUUACUUGACAUGGUGGCUGACAUGCAGGAUGAAUUUGGAUAUUUUCUAGUGGAUGCAGAUGGAAAAGUGCUGUCAAAUCAGGAAGGGACUUUUCGGAGCAACUGCAUGGACUGUUUGGACCGUACUAACGUCAUCCAGAGCCUGCUGGCCCGACGCUCUCUUCAGUCGCAGCUGCAGAGAAUGGGAGUUCUCCACAUGGGUCAGCAGCUCGAAGAGCAGACAGACUUUGAGAAGAUGUACAAGAACGCCUGGGCAGACAAUGCUGACGCAUGUGCCAAGCAGUAUGCUGGAACUGGUGCCUUAAAGACUGACUUUACCAGAACCAACAAAAAAUCAAAAUGGUUUGUUUUACCCAAGAAUUUGGUAAGAGUAAUAAGAACAUUUAAAAAAAACUUUGCAGAGAAGCUGAGGUGGCCUUUCCCCCUGCAGGAUUCCACUGAUUUGUUUCUGGGGAACUAUGUUGUGGAUGAAGCUGACUGGACCACCCCACUGCGUGACCCCAAAGACUGGAAGUUUCUGACAUUGCCCAUUAUCAUGGUUGUUGCAUUUUCCAUGUGCAUCAUCUGCCUCCUGAUGGCUGGUGACACAUGGACUGAGACCCUGGCUUAUGUCCUGUUUUGGGGAAUAGCCAGUGCAGUAACGGGCGGUCUUAUCCUCUUUAAUGGACGCGACUUUGUAGACGCUCCUACGUUGAUCCAGAAGGAGAAGCUGGACUGAAUGUGUGUGUGUGGAAAGCAGCUAGGCCCUAGCGAACUCACCACCCCAUCCUCUAGUUCUUCAUCACUUUAUCCGCAGCAUCAGAAGGCCUGGAGCCUUUACUAAUGUAAGCUGGAGCGAGGAGGGUGGUGGGCAGCGAGGCUGGCUUUGUGUACGAGAACAGGACAGAGACUGCGAGUGCACAGGCCUGCUGCUCUCCACACUGUAGCAGAUGGGACGGUCUGUCCGCAGGUUGAACUCAACGCUGAACCUCAGGAGUUUGUUCUGACUGCAUGUCAUUGUUCCUGAUUUAAAUGGAAUGCUGUGGACCUAUGUAACUGUAUUUCAUGUUGUUCCCCACCUCAUUCCCUUUAUGGAAGCACUGGGAUCAGACUUGUGUAUAAUGUCACAGCACAGCUGUAAAGAAAUGACUGUACUCUUCAUUUUCCUGCUUUUAGUUUUGCAGAUAUACAUGUUUAUCCACAUUGUAAAUGCAGAGUAGGCGUGUCCUAGGUUAAACGCUGCCUGCUACACCGUCUGCAUUUUAAGAUCAGAACCAGGUUGACAGUUCAAAGAAAUGUUGCCUUUGCUGCUUGGAUUUACUCGGUUAGUGUUUCAUUGGAAAUCCUUUAUUUUGUUAUAUAUCCACUGACAACA